AUGUCUGCGACAAAGCACCCUGGAGCAUCGGAGCUCGAGAUACUAAACGAACCAGACUGGACAAAGACACAUAGCCAUCGGGUAGGUCUAACCCAUAGCGGAGAUGAGCAUUCGCCAGAACGACCUGAUGCAGACACGGCAAAGAUAUUGGAGCUGCGCGAAAAAGCAGAAAAGGGCGAAUUGAUUACUGUUCGAGAUAUUAUGACUAGGCAGAGAGAUUUCCACUUGGAGCGACCAGAGGUGCAUCCAAACUUUUGGCGGUAUGUGUUACACACAACAGAGAGCUUUAUCAAGUACGAGCAGCCCUGGGAGAUCAAUAAAAAGAAGAAGAAUGGCAAAGAGCAAAAACAAGAAAGAGGUGAUUCAUCAGGCGACCAAGACCACAAGGAUGAAACAAGUAAUGGAAAAGAAAAGAAAGAAGCACAAGAAGAAGAUUCAAGUGAAGGUCCAGAAUCCGGCUCCAACCUCAGAAAGUCACAUGAAGAGCAUGCGCUCAUUCAAUUCCUGGAAAGUGAACAGAAGUUACGUUCAUCAAUGAGGAAAAAUGAUGGAAAGGGGCUUUCUCCACUUCAUGAUGAGAUAUUACCAGAACAAAUAGACGAAGCCGACCAACUCUCGCGCGACAGCUGGGUGCCACGUAGUGACAAACUAAUCCGUCUGACAGGAAGUCAUCCUCUAAAUGCCGAAGCAGAUCUAACUACUCUCUUUGAUGCAGGCCUGAUAACACCAUCUCCGAUACACUACGUUCGCAACCACGGCGCAGUUCCCCAUAUACUCUGGGAAAAUCACACUCUUGAGGUGACCGUUAAUGAGCAAUUGACUUUAACGAUGGACGACUUGAGGGACGAGUUCGAAAGUAUCAAUAUACCGAUAUUUAUUGCCUGUGACGGCAGUCGUAGAAAAGAGCUGAAUAUGAUCAAAAGAACUCGAGCAUUCAACUUCACUGCUGCCGCAGCUGGCUGUUCUUACUGGAGAGGGGUAUUACUUCGCGAUGUCCUCAUCAAGGCUGGUGCCACAGAAGUCUUGGAGAAGAGUCCCAAUAAGUUUUUCUGGGUCAACUACCUUGGGGCCGACGAACUCAGCCAAGGAAAGUAUGAAACGUGUAUCCCUCUCGAAUAUGCAAUGGAUGCCACCAACGAUGUGCUACUUGCCUAUCAAAUGAAUGAUCAUCCAAUACCACCCGACCACGGCUAUCCCCUUCGUUUAAUCGUGCCAGGCUGGGUUGGAGCUCGCCAUUAUCAUAUCUAUGAUAAUCGACAGCUGCCUAGUUUUGUCACCGAUACAGAAUCGGAUCUUGCUCAGAUAAUGUUUCGACAUCCCAGCACUAUCUGCAAUGAACAGAUGCUGAAUUCGGUUGUUGUAAGACCAGCACAGGGCGAACGGAUUGAUCUGGUUGAUGUUAAGUUGGGGAAGAAGUAUAGGGUGCAAGGGUAUGCUUAUAAUGGAGGCGGAGACGAAGUUGACAGAGUUGAGAUCAGCUUGGAUAAUGGGGAUAAUUGGCUUUACUGUGUCCGCAAGUUCCCUGAUGCGCCUAUUCGGCACGGCGACAAGUUCUGGACCUGGUUGCACUGGUACAUUGAUUUGGAUAUCACCAAGCUUAUCCGCGCACACAGCAUAACCGUGCGUGCAUUCGAUGUGCAUAAGAAUACGCAACCUCCCAAGCCAGUGUGGAAUAUCGAAGGUAUGAUGAACAAUUCUUGGUAUCAGGUAAGACCAGAGAUAUUCGACGACCCAGAAAAUGAGGAGUCAUACUUGCUUUUCCGGCACCCAGUCGAUUCUGGUAAUGGCAUGGAUGGUUGGAUGAAACCGUCCACCGAGGAGAAGAUCGAAGAGAUCAAGCGUGAAGCGUCUGCUCCUGAGAAGCAGUUUACCCGGCAAGAGAUAGAGAAGCACCAUACUGAAGAUGAUUGUUGGGUUGUCAUAAACGGCAAAGUUUACAAUGCUACUAGUGUCUUGAGUUGGCAUCCAGGCGGCAAAGGGCCUAUAUUGGCGCAUGCUGGCCAGGUCAAUAUGAAUACAACCGUAGAAUUCCAAGGUAUUCAUGACGAUUUUGCGCAAAAUAAGCUUAAAGAAUGUAUCCUCGGCAAGGUCACCCAGAAAGCGAUGGAACAUAUGAAGAAUGUUCAAAAGAAAGAAAAGGAGUUACUUUCAGUUAAAGGGGACCCCAAUGUAUCCCUGAGCAGGCAUAAGUGCGUAUUUCUCCGUCAAAUCGCGGGACUAGUCGUAAUUGCUAAUUGGGACGUUAGAUGGACCCAAGCCAGGUUGACCCAAAAGAAGCGGCUUUCAGAAGAUACUUAUCGCUACACGUUUUCUCUCCCGCAGCCAACAAAGAAGCUGGGAUUAGAGACAGGUCAGCACCUCCAAGUCGGGUUCCAUUUUGCGGAUCGUCUCGUUGUUCGCCCCUAUACUCCCGUCCGACCAGUAGUUGAUUGCGAAGACGAUGGUACAUUUGAUCUCGUUGUAAAGACGUACCACCCAGAUGCAACCCAACCGGGCGGUACAAUGGGUAACGUCUUGGACUGUCUCCGAGAGAACGAAGAGAUUGAAGUCAAGGGCCCAUCAGGUGACAUCCGAUAUCACGGAAAUGGACAUUUAAGCGUUGAUGACAGACAGUUCACAUUUCGCAGAUUUUCUCUGAUCCUUGGUGGAUCAGGAGUCACACCCGGAUACCAGGUUGUUGUACGAAUCUUGAAAGAUGCAGAUGACAAAACGAGCAUAAGAGUAAUCGAUGCGAACAAGUCCGAGAGUGAUAUUCUAAUGCGCAGAGAGUUCGACGAACUCUCGAGAGACCACGGCGAUCGGUUUAGUAUUGUGCAUGUUUUGUCCCAUCCUAGCAGUAGUGAUUGGGCCGGGCUCAAGGGGCACAUCACCCCAGAUAUACUAAGAAAGCAUGCCUUUGAGCCAAGCGACGAGAAUGCAGUGCUUCUCUGUGGUCCUCCGGCGAUGAUAGAGAAGGUCGCACUGCCGGCUUUGAAGGACUGGGGUUAUGACGAGGACCAAAAUCUGUUUGGAUUUUAA